AUGAUCCUGCCUGGGCCGGGCACUGAAUCUUGCCAAGCUUUACAUGGGAGUGGCCGUUGUAUUCUUGAAGGUGGAGGCUGCAGCCCUGACCAUGCAGAGAUCCUGCCUGGGCCUGGCCCUGUGUUAAUCCCCCAAGCCGACAUUGCUGGCAGUGCUGUUGACAAAGAAAGAUAUGGGCCUGUAGCCCUCAGCAGGCCAGGUAUUAUCCGAGAGGUGUGGGCCUCUAACCUUGAGGAAGCAUUCAAGGCCAUCAGGCAAACGGUCCAGCAGUAUAACUAUGUUGCUAUGGACACAGAGUUUCCUGGAAUCGUGGCACAUCCCAUCGGGGUGUUUCGCAGUGCCGCGGAAUACCAGUAUCAACUGGUGCGAUGUAACGUAGACCUACUCAAGAUCAUCCAGCUCGGGCUCACCUUUCUUGACGAAGCUGGCAACCCUGCCCCAGACUGCUGCACCUGGCAGUUCAACUUCAAGUUCAAUCUGAAUUCAGACAUGCAUGCAGAAGAUUCAAUUCAGCUGCUAAUCAACUCGGGCAUACAGUUUGCGAAGCACAGUGUAGAAGGCAUUGAGCCGUAUGAAUUUGGACAGCUUCUCACAACAUCUGGUGUCGUCUACUCUGAAAAGGUCUGGUGGCUCACUUUUCAUAGUGGGUAUGACUUUGGCUACCUAAUGAAAUUGUUAACAAACAUGAAGCUGCCUGAAGGUGACGCUGAGUUUUCUGAACUGCUGCGGAUCAUGUUCCCAAACAUAUAUGAUCUCAAGUUUCUCAUGAGGGGCUGCAAUUUCCUUCGAGGAGGCUUACAGUUACUGGCCAAUCAACUUCAAAUAGAACGUGUUGGACAACAACAUCAGGCGGGUAGUGACAGCUUGCUUACAGCUGGAGCCUUUUUUAAGAUGCGGCAAGUGUUCUUCAGUGACCAGAUCGACAAUGCCAAGUACUGCGGACAAAUAUAUGGCCUGGGUCCAGCAUUCGACUCAACUGGUAGCUUUUGCACUACUGAGAGCGAUCCCCUGCCUCCGCCUGUGAUCAGAAAAUUUUUAUUUUGAUGGCGUUCCUUGGUGCUUCCCACCAGUGCACCCGCUUCUCCUCAAGAGAGCCCAGCUGUGCUUUUCUGACUUUGUAUAACCAGGACUACCGGUGUGUGUGAUGUGCCUUGCUAUAAGCUCUGCUUUCACAGUUGCUCCAGAGACCCUCCCUGUGUCUUUUCACACUCUACACACUGUACCACUUUUCCGGUGACCUCAUCUCCUGGCUCUGUAGUCCACUUUUAUCCGGAAAAAAAAAUUUGUCGUUCCUCGCA